AUGCUGGCGGGGACUCUGCUCGCGCUGGCGAUCUCCGUCCGCCGCGCCUCAACGCUGACGGAGGAGUUUCGGUGCGCCCGUCUCGUCGCCGACUGCUUCGGCGGCUGGCCUUUCGCGCGGCUCGCGUCACUGCGCGCGCCGGGCCUCGAGGCGAACGUCUUCUUCCGGCCGAUCGGCCCGCCCGCCGUCGCCGCUGCACUUGACAGCGACGGCGGCCUCUGCGGCACCGCUCAGCUCAUGAAGGUCGAGCUUUCCCGCGCCACAGGGGCGGAGAGCGCCGGCCGCGUGGUCGCCUUCACGCAGAGCGUGAGCGUGGCGGCGGCGGCAAGGCGGCGCGGUGUCGGCCGCGCGCUGGUCGCCUUCUGCGAGGAGGAGGCGCGGGAGGUGUGGGCGGCUGACGGCGUCGACGAGGCCUGGCUCGCGGUGGCGACGGAGAACGAAGCUGCGCGGGCGCUGUACGACAGCUUGGGGUACCAGAGCUGCGGCGAGGCGCGCGGCAACUUGCUGCUCCGCAAGCGCCUCGCCACGGGCGCAGCCAGCGCGGGCGAGGGCUCGCAAGGCAUCGCCGAGUACUCGGACCCCGGACGAGGCUCGCGCAUCGUCGCGUGCGAGGCUGUCGAUGCCGCCGCCGACGCUUCCGCCGCCGACCGCCGCGCGCCUCUGAGCGGUGGCGUCGGCUGGUCGCCGCUGCUGUCCAACUUGGGCGUGCAGGUGCUCUACUCGGCGGCUGCCUCUCGCCCCUCCCUGCCGCAUGGUGGGGAGCCUCAGCAGCCGCAGCCGCAGUCUCCACCGCAGCCGCAGCCGCAGUCUCCACCGCAGCCGCAGCCGCAGCCGCAGCAGCCGCAGCGGCAGCAGCGGCAGCUCGACUACACGCCUGCGCAGGCUGAGCAGAUGCGGCCGCUCUACGAGGUCUCCGCCGCCGAGCCGUCGUUCCCGCGCGCCGCGACGGCGAUCGUGGCGUGGCAGCUCGCCGUCGCCUUGGCAGAGGAGCUGUACUACCGCGGCUUCGUCGAGUCUGCGGGCGUGCUCGCCAUCAGCUACCCGCUCCGCGCUGCCGGGGUGGACAUCGCCGCGGCGGGCGCGCUGCCGCUCGUCGAGGGCUUGCCGUUGCUCGUGAGCGCCGCGCUGUUUGGGCUGGUGCACGCGGAGUUUGUCGAGGGUGCCGCCGCCGCAGCCCACGCCGAUGACGCGGCGGGGGCGAGGGCGGCGGGGGCGGCGGGGGCGGUGGAGGCGGUGGAGGCUGAGGCGGUGGAGGCGGUGGAGGCGGUGGAGGCGGUGGAGGCGGUGGAGGCUGAGGCGGCGGGGGCGGCCGACGCGGCGCCUGCUCCGCCGAUCUCCGCCAGCGGCGUGCGAGACACAAAGGCGUUCUGGUUCCGCGCCACCGCCGCGUACGGCGCGCUGUACUCUUCGCUGUACGUGCUGAGUGGCCACCGGCUGCUCGCGCCGGUUUGCGCGCACGCCGGCCUCAACAUUGGCCUCUGUCUGCGCGAUUGGGGCCGCAUGCGCCGCACGCCGCCCGCGCUCCUGCGGCGCGUCUUUUCGGCCCGUGAAGGAACCUCCUCGGGGCAGGGGGUGGAGGCGGCGGAGAGAUGA